UGUUUCUGGUCGGCGGACUCUUUUCUUUUGUUGCCUUCUUGAUUUGAUGCAUCGCCGGAAACCAACGCGGUUGAGUUGAUCGCGUUUUGAACUGUUGGCCUUUUUUUCCUCGCUCACUGCUCGUAAGGAAUCAGUACCAGAUGGCGAGAACCAUACGGCAGCUGCAUUCGCAGCUUUCCCUGAAGUCGCUGUUAAUGCCGCUGCUAAACCCUUGUUCAUCAUCAUCGUCAUCAGCCCCCUCAAGACUUCCUUCGCAGUUUCCUCCUUUUUCUUAUUUUUUCUCCAGCUCGCCAAUUUUACAGAGAAAGCACGUUGAUCAGGAAGAUGAUGAAUGCAACGGCGAUCCCGAUGCCCCGCCCAGGCUUUUCGUGAUACAGCCCAGGAUCAGACCCGAAGCCCAUUUGAAGUCGAAGCUUGAGGAGGCGUUGAAUCUUGCCAAUUCUCUUGAACAACAGCGCGAUGGGUUUUAUGCGACCGACUUUUUGGAAAAGGAUAUGCCACCUCAUCUUGUAGUUCAGAACCCUGCAGCCAAAUCACCUCGGGCAGACACAUAUUUUGGAAUUGGGACGGUGAACAAUGUAAAGUGCAACAUAUAUGAUUUGGACUCAAAGGAUGGAGUAGACGCUAUUUUUGUGAAUGCUAUCCUCAGUGGUGUUCAGCAACGGAAUCUUGAACGGGCCUGGGGUAAACCUGUUCUAGAUCGUGUUGGACUUAUAAUAGAGAUCUUUAAUGCUCAUGCUCAAACAAAGGAAGCCAAACUGCAGGCUGAAUUAGCAGCUCUUAUGUACAAAAGAAGUAGGCUUGUACGAGUUCGCGGUCCUGAUGGGCGUUAUACAUUUGGUGGUACUGCAGAAGCUGAAGUUGUUAGUGCUAGAGGGAGAGGAAGUGGUGGGCGUGGCUUCAUUAGUGGUGCUGGAGAAACUGAACUUCAGCUUCAACGGCGGAGAAUAUUGGAUCGACGAAAGAAGUUAUUAUCUGAAAUCCAAGAUGUUCGGAGGACUCGAGCUAUGCAACGUGCAGCUCGAAAAAGACAGGGAGGGGCGCCAGGGCAAGAAAUUGCUACAGUUGCUGUUGUUGGCUAUACAAAUGCUGGAAAGUCUACAUUAGUUAGUGCACUAUCAAACAGCUAUAUGUAUUGUGAUGAUCGAUUGUUUGCAACAGUCGAUCCAAAAUUAAGCAGCGUGAUUCUUCCGUCUGGGAGGAAAGUGCUCCUUAGUGAUACAGUUGGGUUCAUCUCAGAUUUGCCUGUUCAGCUUGUAGAAGCAUUUCACGCUACUUUAGAAGAGGUCGUUGAAGCUGACAUGCUUUUGCAUGUGCUGGACUCGAGUGCUCCAAAUCUCGAUGAACACCGUAAAUCUGUAAUGGAAGUCCUUGUGAAGAUAGGCGUGUCAGAGGACAGGCUCCGGAACAUGAUUGAAGUUUGGAACAAGGUUGAUCUCCUGGAUAAGGAAUUCGACAGAGGUGGACCAUGUGACAGCAGUUUCACAGGCGAAGAAGAAGAAGAAGAAGAAGAAGAAGAAGAAGAAUUUGAUUCUGCAGCCUGCGUGACAACUGAUCAGGCUGAGAAUGAACAAGAUAUGCAAACUGAGCUUUCCGAGAAUCUUGAAGAUGGUGUCUAUCUCGAACAAGUUGAUUGUGCCGACGAUUGGCUCUCAGGCGAGGAUGAACAAGACUCUCUGUUCGAGUACAAUAUUCACUCCACAGGACGUGAUAUGGCGAACCAUCAACAAUAUGAGAUAUCAGUGGACCGUAGCGUAGAUUCCCACGAUUCUCGAUCUCUAUCCAGCCCAGUCAAAGUGUCUGCGGUAACUGGAGUUGGGCUGCAAGAAUUGCUAGAGGUAAUUGACGAGAAAUUGGGACAAUGUAAAGCAGUGGAAAGGAACAUCUUCAAUCGAAAGUGGCGCCCGCCGCGCACAGAAAACAACGAGAUAGCUGCCGCCGCCGCUGUCGUCAAGCAGAGGAUGUACGACUGAAGCCAUAGCUGCUGUUCUUCCUGAUCAACAAAAUUGAUUUGGUUUUGGAACAUCAUAUCAUGUCGAGACACAAGAACAUGGCGUGCUGAGCAGUGGGGGAUCAUUAUAUUAUCCAAUUUUUGAUUGUUUACUGAUUUAGUUCAUAGGAAAUUAAUGUCUGAAUUGUUUCUUGAAGGUGGCAAAAUUGGCAAGUAGCUGCUACACAAUGCCCAGCUGGGUCUUUUCAUCAGCAA